AAGACAGUUUUGUUUUGUGGUUGUCAAACGAAAUCGCUUCAAGUUUACGUGAAAAAUUCGUAUUUACCGUGACCAUUUACUGUUUCAGUUUCAAUAAUAAUCGGUUCGGAUAAAAGUUCACGAUCUAAUUGAGUGGAAAUUGUGACUAUUCUAAUUAUGUUAAGUGUUUGAAUUGUCGACUUGUGCAAGACAUUUUUUUUCUCGAUCAAAAAAAGGGUGUUCGUUUGGUGAAUUUCCUCAUCACUUUUCCAGGGGGUGGUUGGUGGUGAAAUUAAUAACGGCCAUGUUUUAACUGGGAAAUUGUAUGGAAAACUGUAUGUCCUUGUCCCAGGGUUGCCGCGCCUGUAAUUGUUUUUGGUGACAGCAUAAAAGAUACAAUAAAUCAAGCAACAAUUUCUGGAUUUAAAUCGACAAAUUUAAUUGACCAUCCGUCGAUGAUGAUAAAUGUGGAGAUGUCUCAAUAAAUGUAUUAGUGAAUGUAAACAAAACAUUGGAAAAGCGACAGAGAACUUACACACAAACACACACAACGAAACCCUCAUACACAACAUAGUGGUGGAAAAUUCUAGCUACAAUAUUUUCCAAUAUAUUUCGUUGUCAGAAUUGUCAGGUGGAACGUGGAAAAAUAUUUUUUACUGUGUGAUUCAGUGUCAAAGGGAAUUUUGUAGAAUACAGGCAGAGGUGGUGCAAUAAAACUUUACAACUAAAAAGCGGAGUGCUGAAAGUUUAUUUAUUUUCGAUUUUAAUUUUUUUAUUUUUUUUCUUAUUUUUUGCGAUUUUUGAGCAACAACAAAAAUCCGUUUACGACCAAGUAAAUAAUUGAAGUAGUUAAGGGAGUGCUAAAAUAAAUAUUCACAUCGAAAUUGUUUAUCGGUGACGUCAAAUUGAUAAAUAUUGUGCAUUUAGAGUAAGUUUGUGGUGCGAAAGAUUUCGGAACUAUUUUCAAUCAACUGAAGUAAUUGAACAAUUCCAGAAGCAAUGGCAGACGACGAAGUUUUAUUCGACGAGGUCUAUGAGCUGUGUGAAGUCAUUGGAAAGGGACCAUUUUCCAUAGUUCGCCGGUGCAUACAUCGAGAGUCAAAUCAACAGUUUGCCGUCAAAAUUGUCGAUGUUGCGAAAUUCACAGCGAGUCCGGGGCUAAGUACAGCUGAUCUGAAAAGAGAAGCAACAAUCUGUCACAUGCUGAAACACCCACAUAUUGUUGAAUUGUUGGAAACAUAUAGCUCGGAAGGAAUGUUAUACAUGGUUUUUGAAUACAUGGAGGGCUCUGAUAUAUGCUUUGAGGUUGUUAGACGAGCCGUGGCUGGUUUUGUAUACAGUGAAGCGGUGGCUUGUCAUUACAUGCGACAAAUACUGGAGGCAUUACGAUAUUGCCAUGAAAAUGAUAUUCUGCACAGGGAUGUUCGACCUGCAUGUGCUUUGUUAGCAACCGUUGAUAACUCUGCUCCCGUUAAACUUGGAGGUUUUGGUGCUGCUAUUCAAUUACCAGGAGGGCGAGAUACCAUCGAAGCACACGGUCGUGUUGGUUGUCCGCAGUAUAUUGCACCGGAAGUUGUAACGAGACGAAUUUAUGGUAAGGGUUGUGACGUUUGGGGUGCUGGUGUUAUGUUACAUGUUUUGCUGUCGGGAAGGCUUCCGUUUUUGGGAUCCGGUCAACGUUUACAUGAUUUGAUUGGACAUGGUCGUGUUGUGCUAGAAUCUCCUGAGUGGAAAUCAAUAUCAUCGAAUGCCAAAGAUUUAGUUUUAAAAAUGCUUGCACCGAAUCCACAUAAUAGACUUACUAUAGAACAAGUUUUAGAUCAUCCAUGGAUGCGAGAUCGUGAUAAAUUACAAAAACAACAUCUGGGUGACACAGUCGAAGAAUUGAAGCGUUUUAAUGCAAGACGAAAACUAAAAGGUGCUGUACAAGCUGUUGCUGGUGGCAUUGCAAUGGAUCCAUUUUGUGGUGCCGACACGGACUCAGUGGCUGUCGGUGCCGCAUCAGAAAGUUUAAACGAAUGGGCGGAUGAAGAGGCUGGUUUAGAGGCUGUUCAAAUGGUUUUAGAUUCAUUAGACGACAUUCAUGCCCUUCAAGAUGCCUUUGUAGACCAAGAUGUACUUAUCGAAAUGUUGAGAGACGUUAAAUUGCAUGCUUUGCUGCAGUUGUAUGAUAGAAUCAGCUGCACAGUGAUGUCACCAUCCAGAACUCCACCGGGUGAUGGUAUUUUACGAUGUCGUGAUGCAAUAGAUAUUGUCUCAUCAGCACCAGGACACAAAUAUAUUCGAGACCGAAACGAGUUGCUGCAGUUGCUAACUCUUCCACACAUUCAGGCUCUGUUGCAUACUCAUGACGUAGUAGCAAGAGAAGUUUACGGUGAGGAAGCUUUACGUGUUACCCCGCCACCAAUAGCUCCAUAUCUCAAUGGCGACGAUGUUGAUAAUGUGGAAAACGGCGAUCUGCCACAUGUUACGAGAGUGCGUUUAGUUCAAUUCCAAAAGAAUACCGAUGAGCCGAUGGGCAUAACAUUAAAAAUGACCGAAGAUGGUCGAUGUAUUGUCGCCAGAAUUAUGCAUGGCGGAAUGAUACAUCGUCAAGCAACGCUUCAUGUUGGUGACGAAAUUCGAGAAAUCAAUGGACAACCCGUUCAACAUCAAACUGUUAGCCAGUUGCAACGGAUGCUUCGCGACGCUCGAGGAUCUGUAACAUUCAAAAUAGUUCCUUCCUACAGAAGUGCCCCACCACCAUGCGAGCUAUUCAGGAUUAGACCUGCACCAGUCUUAGUUGAUCAGAUUUUUGUGCGAGCCCAAUUCGACUACGAUCCGCUUGACGACGAAUUAAUACCAUGCGCUCAAGCUGGAAUAGCUUUCCACACUGGCGAUAUUUUACAAAUUAUCAGCAAAGACGACCAUCACUGGUGGCAGGCUAGACAUGACACUGCUGGUGGCUCAGCUGGUUUGAUACCAUCACCGGAAUUACAGGAAUGGCGAAUCGCUUGUCAGACGGUGGAUAAGACGAAACAAGAGCAAGGAGAGUCUGGACCAGGAUGUUCAGCUCAUGCCGAGGGAUGUGAUGGAUCGACAGUUAACUGUUCGAUUUUUGGACGAAAGAAGAAACAAUGUCGUGACAAAUAUUUAGCCAAACAUAAUGCCGUUUUUGAUCAAUUAGAUCUGGUCACGUAUGAGGAAGUUGUCAAAGUACCACUUGGUGAUCCAGCAUUUCAUCGGAAAACUCUGGUGCUACUCGGUGCUCACGGUGUCGGUCGUCGUCAUAUCAAAAACACACUUAUCGCAAAAUAUCCGGAUAAAUAUGCUUAUCCAAUUCCACAUACAACGAGACCUCCUCGACCAGAUGAGGAAAAUGGUCGUAGCUAUUACUUUGUUUCCCAUGAUGAAAUGAUGGCCGAUAUUGCAGCGAACGAAUAUUUGGAAUAUGGUACCCACGAGGAUGCUAUGUACGGCACAAAACUUGAUACGAUUCGAAGAAUUCAUAACGAAGGAAAAAUGGCUAUUUUAGACGUUGAACCACAAGCAUUAAAAAUUUUACGAACUUCUGAGUUUACACCAUACGUGGUAUUUAUUGCCGCACCAUCGCUCAACAAUAUAGCCGAUUACGACGGCAGUUUGGAGCGUUUAGCCAAAGAAUCGGAUAUGUUACGCCAUGCAUACGGUCACUUCUUCGAUUUAACAAUUGUUAACAAUGACAUCGGUGAAACGAUCAUCGCUUUAGAAUCGGCCAUCGAUAAAGUUCAUUCAACAUCACAAUGGGUACCCGUUUCCUGGUUGUACUGACAAGAUAGUGAACUAGAGUACUCCUCCGAAUGUCUGGACGAUUGCGAUUGUGAUUGCGAUAACGAGUCUCAUUUCGACAUCAAAUGAAAUCGGUAAAUGAGAACAAUGAGGAGAAAAGAUAAAAGAGAAAGAGAGAGAGAGAGAAAAAAGAAAAUUUUCCCAUAGAAAUUCUUGGAUGGAUAAAAAUUUUGUUUUUCGAUAGAGUUUACUUCGGUCUGUUUAGUUUCUAUGUAAGUCCUUUUUCACCUGCUACAUAUAAAUGGGGUACUUUAGAAGUAUAGUAACAAAAAGAAGGGAAAUUCAAUUUUUUUUUCAAAUUAUCUUUGAAAACAGAUAACUCAAUUCGUAGAAUUUACUUGAAUUAAGAGAACUUCGACACAUUUAUUACCCUAAACUGUACCAAGAAAUGAUCGAAAGCUCAAAUUGAAUAUGAAUAAAAAAACAGUAAUCGUUUGCUCUAAUAUUCUGGUGUUAAAAAAGGUUUUUCUUCUUCGCAUUAUUCUUAUUCGUCUUAUUCCAUUCGUUGUCGACAAUAUAGACCGAGAACCUACGUGCAUAUCAGUCCCUCAUAAGAUCACGGAUCUCAAACCUAUGCUAUAUUGAUACCAAUACCUUAGAAGAAUCAUAUUUUUUGUCUGACAAUUUUGUUGUGGACGCGUUAGGAGAGCAAUAACGUGCGUAGGCGUAGCAGUCAGUUUAUAUCGUAGAGAAAAGCAGAGCUGGUGUUAAAAUGAAGACAGAUCAGCGCAACAUGAAGGAUUCAAUUUUUAAACAAACAUUUAUGAAAAUAAUGUCGUGUCGGACGAAUAUUGAAAAUUUGACAGCAUGACACGAGGCCGGUUUGUGGUUAAUAAAUUUGGAAUUUUUUUUGAAAGUUUACCGAAAUUUGCUUUUUAUAAAUCUUUGACAAAUUUUUCCAAAUAAAUUUACCAAAAAUUAGCCGUGGCACUAGACACCUGUCUUAUUCUGCUGCACUAAGGGAUCAUCCAUAAAUGACGUCCGCUUUUUUCAGUGCUGCCAGCAGAUUUGAAUCAUUCAUAACUACAUAAAUAUGCGGUUUCGUGAGUCAAUUGUGUGUUCUAAAACACACAUUAACUCUCGAGAACGCAUAUUUAGCGAGUUAUUAAUGAUUUAAAUCUGCUGGCAGCACUGGAACAAACGGAAUUCAUUUAUGACUGAUCCCUAAUAUUUACAUUAUGACAUCAAUUUAGUCCUCUCUGAAAUGUAAGCUGACUGAGAUAUGACAGGACAAAUUAUUUUGAAUUAUCGUGAAUUUACUUGAUUGUCGCGUACAUUCUUGAAAUUCAUUUGCAAGAAAUUUGAGAAAAGUUUCAAUAAAAUUCGAGAAAAUCAAGAAAAUUCCCUACAUUUACAGUCAACCAAAUUUGUGGCUAAAUCGCUAAAUUUGCGUGAGCUGCUGUACCAGCUGGGUCCAAUCAGACAAACACACUGCUUAUAUACAUAUAAAUUGUGCAUUCGGAUAAGGGAUCCUGAUGGUAAAACAUCUGAAGCAAACUUAGUCAUUGUUUCACCUAAAAAAAAAAUGAAAAAAUGAAAAAAUGAAAGUAGGUACUUAAGACCUGUCUUAAGGUCUCCCAUCACUCAAAAUCAAAAUUGACAAAAUAAAAAAUAUUGUUUCGGUUGAGGUAGUGUAACAGCGACAAAACCGUGGUCUAAUGACGGACUCUUGUAUGCUGAUAUGCACGUAAGCACUCCGCUUGAUACCAUCACAUCUAUUUUGUUGAACUUUGAAAAAGUUAAAAGAAAUAUUUUAAAUAGAGCAAUAUAUAUAAACGUCUUAAAAAUCAACUAAUUUUCAACUGAAACAAAUGAAUAAUAAGAAAAAUGGAUAAAAAAAUUUAUUUAUUUCUAAAUCAACUUUUUUAGUUGAAUAUCGCAGUAUUAAUACGUAACGGUGAUAAUUGUUUGCAUAAAUUUAUUUAAAAAGAAAAUAAUAAAAAUGAUAAAAAAAAACCAAACAAACAUGAAAUGAAAAAAAAAUCUAAUGAAAAAUUACUAUAAAAAAUAUAGUUAGAGCGAUAAUCUGCUAAAAAAAAUGUUAACAUUAAAAAUUUAAGAUAAUAAAGAAAUUAAAUAAAAACUAAAUCGACAAAACUGUUAAAAAAUAUUUAAAAAAUUAUACAUAAAAAAUAAAGAAAAGAGAAGGGAAUGAAGAACAAGAAACAUUAAUAACAAUUACAACAACCAAGAUAAUGAAAAAAAUAAAAAUAUUGAAGGAAAGUAAUUAAAAAAAAAAAUUAACGGAAAAAAUAACGACUUGUUAGUUAAAAUAUAUAUAUUUGAUUGAAUAUUAAAAAACAGAAACAAAAGCUGAUGAUGAAUUGGAUGAGAAUAAAAACAACAUUUAAAAUCAACAUUAAUAAUACGGAUUGUAAUUUGAAAAAAAAAAAACAAAAUUAUUUAUUACAGACAAGAAGAUAAUGCUAGUUUAAUAGGUAACAAUUAACCAAAAUAUAUUAAAAGAAGAAAAAAACACAAUGAGUAAAGUUAAUUAAAAAUGAAAUAAAAUAAAGA